AAGGAGACAUGGCCGGUAUUUUGGUGUGGUUUUGGAACGAGCGGUUCUGGCUCCCGCACAAUGUAACCUGGGCUGACUUUAAAAACACAGAUGAAGCGACGUUUCCGCAAGCGGAGGAUCUCUAUCUGGCGUGUCCUUUAGCAUUCUGCAUCUUUAUGAUCCGCCUGGUUUUUGAAAGGUUUAUAGCAAGACCAUGUGCCAUGGGCCUGAAGAUCCAAACCAACGGGCCACAAAAAGCCCAGCCCAACGCGAUCCUGGAGAAGGUGUUCACUGCUAUAACCAAGCAUCCAGACGAGAAGAGAUUGGAGGGCCUGUCCAAACAGCUCGACUGGGAUGUGCGGACCAUCCAGCGCUGGUUCAGACAACGUCGGAACCAGGCGAAGCCCAGCACUCUCACCCGGUUCUGUGAAAGCAUGUGGAGAUUUACAUUCUAUCUAUACAUAUUUACCUAUGGAGUGCGUUUCCUUAAAAAGACUCCAUGGCUUUGGAACACUAAAGAGUGCUGGUACAACUACCCUUACCAGCCGCUGACUGUGGACAUCCAUUAUUACUAUAUACUGGAGCUGUCUUUCUACCUGUCCUUACUCUUUUACCAAUUCACAGACAUCAGGAGGAAGGAUUUCCUGGUCAUGUUCCUGCAUCAUGUUGCAACAAUCUCUCUCAUCGCCUUUUCCUACGUGAACAACAUGGCACGAGUGGGAACUCUGGUCAUGUGUCUCCACGACGCAGCCGACGUGCUGAUAGAGGCUGCCAAGAUGGCCAACUAUGCCAAAUGUCAGAUAUUGUGCAACCUCCUGUUUGCAAUGUUUGCAAUUCUCUUCAUAAGUUCCAGGCUAGGAGUUUAUCCUGUCUGGAUAUUAAAUACGACCUUCUUCGAGAGUUGGGAGAUCGUAGGGCCCUACCCGUCUUGGUGGGUCUUCAACCUUCUUCUGAUCCUGCUGCAGCUGCUUCAUUCCUUCUGGUCCUACCUCAUAGUGAAGACCGCAUGCCGAGCCAUCUCCAAAGGAAAGGUGGGAAAAUGGAAUCCGUUGCAUGUGUCAAAAGAUGACCGCAGCGACAUUGAAUCCGGCUCUGAUGAGGAUGACAGUCCCCCACCCAAUCACAAGCACAGCAGCAGCAGCAGCAGCACCAACGGGACCAACAAAAAUCACGGGACCAACGGCUAUUUGACAGGGGCCCCGUAUCCCGACGAACACUGACUAACAAGGGAGCCAUGCAACAGACACCAUCCAUCAGUGUGUGUGUCUGCGUGUGUGUGUGUGUGUGUGUGUGUGCGUUUGUGCGUGUGUAUGGUGGAGAUAUGAACAUCGCCUGUCUGGUACUGGAAAUUCCUGAUAGAUUUCUGUGAAUGCAGUUUUGUUAUGAAUUUGAUUAUUUACGAAUUUCCCUGCGCAAUUUAUUCUCUUCAUCUACAUGUUUGCAUCGAGCGGCACUCAGUGAAAUAUCAAAACACUCCUAUCGGUACAACGCACUCUGUUUAGCCAACAAAUGAAAGCGUUCCACUUUAUGGUGUAAGCAUGCUACUUUAACAUACAGUAGUCUGGCAUACUGGGGGUGAGUUUUGUUCUUAUGUUUGUGUCUUUCCAUGUUAUUUAUUUUUUUAUGAAUAUGUUUGCAGAUGGGGAGACAUCUUUUUUUACACGCCAGUGUUGAAGAGUUAAUCAUUUUGAACAACAGCACAGCUGUUUUUUCACACCACACAUGAUGACGAGUAUUAGCAAAAUGCUGAUGACCUGGUUUACUUUUAAUGCUACACCCCCAAAGAUAUGCCAAAAUGUGUGAAGUUUAAAACACAUUCUCCACUUAAACUUUAUAUCAGAUGUCAAUAACAGUGUUUGUGUGUGUGUGUGUGUGUGUGUGUGUGUGUGCAUCAGAUAUGGCUAGAUGCUGUAUUCCAUAUUAAAGCAUUUUGUUAAGUAUUCUGGUACAUUUCCGGGAAGCAUUUCGUUAAAGGUAAUUUGUCCUCUUCGGAGGUGGAUAUGAGUUGUUUGAGUUAUUCAAUAAAAAAACAUAACAAUUGCA